GUUAUGUCUUGUUCAUGUUUUAUUAGACCAUCCGGAAAUUCCAAGUAGAAUGGGAACAAUUAACAAUGUGAAAAAAUUUGAUGCGGAUUUCUUCGGAUUAUCUUUCGAUCAAGCACACACACUCUCGCCCGAAGCGAGAAUGUUACUGGAACAUUCUUAUGAAGCAAUUAUCGAUGCAGGAAUCAAUCCGAAGCAAUUGCGAGGAAAAAAUACUGCUGUAAUUAUGGGGUCAUGUUUUAUUGAAUCGCAAAAGGACUUUUUAUAUAAAACCGCCCAGUUAGGAGAUCACAAUGUUAUUGGAUGUUGCAAAUCUACAAUCGCAAACAUGAUUUCAUACCAUUUUGAUCUGAAAGGACCAUCAUAUGUUAUCGAUUCAGCAUGCAGUUCUAGCCUUUAUGCCUUG